AUGGCGGGCGGCAGCAAGGCCGCGGCCGCUGUGGCCGUGGUCUUGGCCUUCCUACUCCUCGCCCUCGCCUCGUCAGCAGCCGCCGCCGCGCCCGACAUGUCCAUCGUCUCCUACAACUCGGCGCACGCCGUCCGUGGGCUCGAGCGGACGGAGGCCGAGGUGCGCGCGAUGUACGACCACUGGCUGGCGCGGCACGGCCACUCGUACAAUGCGCUCGGCGAGUACGACCGCCGCUUCCAGGCGUUCUGGGACAACCUCAGGCUCGUCGACGCCCACAACGCCGACGCCGACGCCCACGGGUUCCGCCUCGGGAUGAACCGCUUCGCCGACCUCACCAACGACGAGUUCCGCGCCGCCUACCUCGGCGCCAUCCCGAGCGGCCUGGGCCGCCACGCCGUCGGCGAGAGGUACCUCCACGACGGCGCCGACGCGCUGCCGGAGUCCGUGGACUGGAGGGCGAAGGGCGCCGUGGCGCCCGUGAAAAACCAGGGCCAGUGCGGCAGCUGCUGGGCGUUCUCGGCGGUCGGCGCGGUGGAAGGCAUCAACAAGAUCGUCACCGGCGACCUGGUGACGCUGUCGGAGCAGGAGCUGAUGGAGUGUGUCAGCAUUAAUCUUGAUGCAUGUAGAUAG